CAAGUUUUAAUCAGAAUGUUUAUCAUAUGGUAUAUUACCAUCCGUGAAUUUCUCAUAAUCAGUGAUGAUGUAUUGUUUGUCAAAAACGGGCACAGGGGUGCACGAGCAGCUGUGUGGGAAAACUUCAAGGACAAUCCGCUGUUCGACAUCUCAACAGAGCACCCGACAACGUAUUACGAAGACAUGCAGAGAGCAAUCUUCUGCUUAUGCCCACUGGGAUGGGCCCCAUGGAGUCCAAGACUAGUAGAAGCCGUGAUCUUCGGUUGCAUCCCUGUGAUCAUAGCAGACGACAUUGUGCUACCAUUUGCAGAUGCGAUCCCUUGGGAAGACAUUGGUGUGUUUGUGGACGAGAAGGAUGUUCCUUACUUGGACACCAUACUCACAUCUAUCCCACCAGAGGUUAUACUGAGGAAGCAGAGGUUGUUGGCAAACCCGUCGAUGAAACAGGCGAUGCUGUUCCCGCAACCAGCUCAACCAGGGGAUGCGUUUCAUCAAGUGUUGAACGGGUUGGCUCGCAAGCUGCCUCAUGAUAGGAGUGUCUAUCUGAGGCCAGGUGAGAAGCUGUUGAACUGGACAGCAGGACCGGUCGCUGAUCUGAAACCUUGGUGAAAGGACAUAUGCGAUCGAAGAGAUGUGGAAUUUGAUACAGUUGAUUCUAUUGGUUGCUUGGUUUCUUGUCUGUAUUUUGUAGAAUUGUUUUGUAUAACCAUCAACUUAGUAAGUGGCAUUGUUUUCUGAAAAGCUUUGACAAAGAAAAAAAAAGCCACUACAUAAUCCAUCAAGCUUUCACCAA